GGAGGCUGCCGGAGCCCCAGCUCAGACCCACGGCGCUUGACCGUCCCUCAGAAGAGGGCGGAGAAGGGGCGCGAGGCGGGGCGGGGUGACCUCGGGGAGGGAAGGACAUUUGCUGAAAGAACGCAACUGCAGAUCGGUAGCUGGAGGCCGCCACGGAUAAAGGCUCACUGAUGGCUCAGCUGGGGGCAGUUGUGGCCUUGACUUCCAGUUUCUUUUGUGCAUCUCUCUUCUCAGCUGUGCACAAGAUAGAAGAAGGACAUAUUGGGGUAUAUUACAGAGGUGGCGCCCUCCUGACCUCGACUAGUGGCCCUGGUUUCCAUCUCAUGCUCCCUUUUAUCACAUCGUAUAAGUCUGUGCAGACCACACUCCAGACAGAUGAGGUGAAGAAUGUACCUUGUGGGACUAGUGGUGGCGUGAUGAUCUACUUUGACAGAAUUGAAGUGGUGAACUUCCUGGUCCCAAAUGCAGUAUAUGAUAUAGUGAAGAACUAUACUGCUGACUAUGACAAGGCUCUCAUCUUCAACAAGAUCCAUCACGAACUGAACCAGUUCUGCAGUGUACACACACUUCAGGAGGUCUACAUUGAGCUGUUUGAUCAGAUUGAUGAAAAUCUCAAACUGGCUUUGCAGCAGGACCUCACCUCCAUGGCUCCUGGACUUGUCAUCCAAGCAGUACGGGUGACAAAGCCCAAUAUACCCGAGGCAAUUCGCAGAAACUACGAGUUGAUGGAAAGCGAGAAGACAAAGCUUCUCAUUGCAGCCCAGAAACAGAAGGUGGUGGAGAAGGAAGCCGAGACGGAGCGGAAGAAGGCCCUCAUCGAGGCAGAAAAAGUGGCCCAGGUUGCCGAAAUCACGUAUGGGCAGAAAGUGAUGGAGAAGGAGACAGAGAAGAAGAUUUCAGAAAUUGAAGAUGCUGCGUUUCUGGCCCGAGAGAAGGCGAAGGCUGAUGCUGAGUGCUACACUGCUAUAAAAGUAGCCGAGGCAAAUAAGCUGAAGCUGACCCCUGAAUACCUGCAGCUGAUGAGGUACAAGGCUAUUGCUUCCAACAGCAAGAUUUACUUUGGCAAAGACAUUCCUAACAUGUUCGUGGACUCUGCAGGCAAUCUAGGCAAGCGCUUUGAGGGGCUAACUGACAAGCUGAGCUUUGGCUUAGAAGAUGAGCCCUUGGAGGCAGCCACUACAGAGAAUUGAAAGCUUUAUACAAACUCAGAUGACUUAAAGAGAUCUUUAUUUUUUAAGAUGAACCAGAAUGCGCCCCCUUCCCACACUACCUUCUUUGACUCUCUUCAAGUUACUAUGGUGAAAAAGAAGAAAUGGACUUAAGUCUACUCCCCUUCCUGUGAAGGAAGGGCAGGGAUUGAUGAUAUGGGAUUUUAUUCAGGUAAGUAGGUAAUAUGACUUCUGAUAGGAUUUGUAAACCAUGGGUUUGAACCUUUGACUUCCAGACACUAACUUUGUCCUUUGGAGCUGGCUUAUUGAGGGAGCUGUCAUUAGGGAGGGAGAGUGCAGAGUGGUGCCUCCGAGUGGUUCACGUUCCCUUAUUUGGGAAAACACAGUCCAGUGUUCUCUCCCCUGCCUCCAAGGUGGGAGAUGUGGGUGAGGCCCCGCAACUGAGCAAAUACGUGCUUGUCAGUUUGCCAGAAGAGCUAGAGAGAAACAGCUGCUGAGAACAUUUGACCCUGCUGGCAUUUGGUCACCGUGUGUGUGAGUUAUUUUAGAGGCAUGCUUUCUUGAGCCCUCAUAAGGAAGCAUUGGUGCUAGGUUUUGCAAGAUUUUCUAUACACUGUGCUCCUUGCCUGAGGGCUCAGAGUAGCAGUUUCUGACUACUCUCCAAGCGGUCCCCACCACACAGUUCUUUUUUGAAACUUAUCACCUAUUGUGUUUGGAUUUUUUUUCUCAAUCUGAUUCUACUUAGCAUCAAGAAGACAGAAAUAAACAACUCAAGUGUCUUAGUAGCUGCUGAAGUGAGAUCCUGAUAGCUAUUUAGCCACUGCAGCUCCUACUUGGCAGAUGGUGUAUGUACUUUGAGAUAAAGUGUCUUUAUUGAGGAGAUUCUACAGUGAAAGGCUCUGACAUCAUGCACAGAGGGGGCUAAAGGACAGUGAAGAGAUUUCCUAGUCUUAAUGCCUAUGACUUGUGCUGGGAAUCUGUCCGAAAUCGGGAUAAGAGCAGACCUUCCUUUACGUAGCCUUGUUUUUACAUCCAGAGCUCCGUGUGCCACACAGAGGUCAGACUGAAUGUUAAAUCUCCAUGGAUACAAUGCAGCUGUAAGUCAGAGUUCAUGCCCAAGUCCUUGGGUUGGAAUGGCUGCAUCACAAUGUUUUCUUAUUCAUUACUGGCUAGGAAAAUUUCAAGUCACUCUGAGAGAUUCAGGUCCGGGAAGGCAAACAUGAAAGAAAGGUUUUUCUUACAUCCUGAAAUCGGGAUUAAAGGUACUGGGGGUGGGGUGAUCCAACCAUGUAGCCCAUGAGUUGUAUACAGAAUUGUCAGGUAGACGGCGCCUGUCUGGAGUAAACCAGCAAGCAGCUUGGGCUUAGCACUUAGCUUUAUUAUUAGUUGUGCCCCCUCCACC